GUUCGUUCCCGUACAUUCUCUUCAUUUUCCUGUAUUAACUGACAUAUUCACAUCCAUCCACAAACUCAUUCCUUCUUUCCCAUUGUACAAUUCAAAUCAUUCUUUGCCAUUGUGCGCAAUCAAUCCAUCUUUCACGAAUCGGAUAACAAAAUCUUCAAUUCAUUCACUCAUACGCGCCGACCAAUCCACGCACGCACGCAAGAACAAGAGCAAGAACAAGAACACGAACACGAACACAAACACAAACACCAAAAUAUCAAACAAUGGAAGCAUUACUUUCUCUCUCUUUCGAUAAUCUCUCUUCAUACGAUGCGUCCAAAAUUCGCAAAGGUCUCCGACAGGUCGAAGGACUAUUAGCCCAAAUUUGUCUCUCCAAUUCUCCAAGGUCCAAUGUCGAUAAACGCCGUUCAGUCAUUGAUCCGGGAAAAGAACCACCUCCACGAAAAGCGCUGAGUGAACUACCUAACGAUGCCGCCUUUCGAGAGUUCUUUAGAUUACAGGAAGGUUUCGAAUGGAAUGUUGCUAUGCGAUUGGUUACCUGCUUGGAUAGAUUGAUGGGAAAGUCGAACGAUGGACAAAGUGAUUUGUUAAUAAUUCAAACUUUGGAAUUGAUCCAAGGGGUUCUCUUGCUACAUCCUCCUUCUAGGAGUUUGUUCUCCAGAGAAUUAUACAUGAAUCAUCUUCUUGAUCUCCUCGAACCAGUCAAUUGUCCCGCGAUUCAAUCUGCAACCCUUCUCACGCUCGUCUGUUCACUCAUUGACACCCCCAAAAAUACUCGCACAUUCGAAACUCUCGACGGUCUCUUAACCAUCACCUCUAUUUUCAAGUCCCGAGAAACCAGUCGAGAAGUCAAGCUCAAACUCGUUGAAUUUCUAUACUUCUACCUCAUGCCCGAAACCCCAUCACUACAAUCAGCAGGCUCAUCAAACUCCAUGGCAUUGAUGCAACGCAGUCCGAGCAAACUCCCCGUUGCAAUCAACCGAGAAGAUGCAGGAAGGAGAAGAGCACAGAGCGGGAGCGAACAUACCAAAACAUUAGAGGAGAAACAAGAACUGCUUGGGAGAUAUCUUCAUAAUGUCGCUGAUUUGGUAGCAGAUCUCCGAGAAAGUCACCCAUUUGGCGGAAGUAUCGGAAGUUAAUUUACGCGGUGCAAAGGAGGUUUCUAAACGAGAUAUUGGGAAGGGGGAUGGGGGAAUGAUUUUACACACUCACGCAUGAAGGUUUCUUUUGUACAUUUGGACACGCAUGUCACGCAUUAAUGGGAGUUAUUGUUUGGUAAGAUUGGGGCGUUGGAGGGAUUUUAUCUUAUUUUGGGUUACGAGUUUCUCUCGGGAAAUUUCUUGGAUCUAUUAGUUUAGAGCAGUAGUAGUAACAUAUUAGUAGUGUAAAGAAGAGAGUAUAGAUGAGCUACAAGGAGUUUCUUCUCCUUUGAAUCUUCAUGUUAAAUGUUUAAUCACAUACAUCA